AUGUCAGUUCAAGGCUUGACAGGCGUCGUGAAGAUAGAAAGAAUUGCAAAGAGCUUGGAAGAGAUACAGGACGAUCAGGACACAACACAACCACAACACCUGGAAGAGACACAGGGCGAUCAGGACACAACACAACCACAACACCUGGAAGAGACACAGGGCGAUCAGGACACAACACAACCACAACACCUGGAAGAGACACAGGGCGAUCAGGACACAACACAACCACAACACCUGGAAGAGACACAGGGCGAUCAGGACACAACACAACCACAACACCUGGAAGAGACACAGGGCGAUCAGGACACAACACAACCACAACACCUGGAAGAGACACAGGGCGAUCAGGACACAACACAACCACAACACCUGGAAGAGACACAGGGCGAUCAGGACACAACACAACCACAACACCUGGAAGAGACACAGGGCGAUCAGGACACAACACAACCACAACACCUGGAAGAGACACAGGACGAUCAGGACACAACACAACCACAACACCUGGAAGAGACACAGGACGAUCAGGACACAACACAACCACAACACCUGGAAGAGACACAGGGCGAUCAGGACACAACACAACCACAACACCUGGAAGAGACACAGGACGAUCAGGACACAACACAACCACAACACCUGGAAGAGACACAGGACGAUCAGGACACAACACCUACAACACAGAUAUAA